AAUUUGUUUGGAUGUUUUUAAAUUUGUUUUUAAAUUUGUUUUGCUUAAAAGGUAAGGAAGGAACAACACCCCCCCCCACCCCCCCCGGCGGGAAGCCCAAAUUGGCUCUCGCUCUCCUCUCUCUCUCUCGCGCCUAAACCCGGUCCCUCUCUGCGAUCUCGAGUCUAAGCCGCCGUUCCCCGACGCCUGUGCUGCGGAGAACCCUGACCUGUCUCUCCCUCUCCGAAGGACCGAAACCCUAGCCUCUCUGAAAUCUCGAGCCUCCGCCACCGUUUCUCUCUCACCGGACGUUUCGAGCUGUUCAUGUGAAAAUAGAGUAAUAGUCUCAUCCUCAUUAAGACUUGGGGCCUAUGAGAAGGGAACCAUGAUCAGAAACCUAGAAGAAGCAGAACGUGUUAGUUCAUGUGUUAUGAUAUUCCAUGCAGGAAUAUCGCAAGACACGGAGGGUACUUCAUUGUGGUUGGGGGAUGCAUUCUUGGAGUCACUGCAAAAGGAAGAGAUCUUGAAGAGGCACGGGAUCAAGCUUACCAGGCUAUUGAUGAAAUUAACUGGUCAGGAGGAUUUUGCAGGCAGGAUAUUGGUUGGAGAGCACUUCCCCAGAAACAAUUUGCUACAAAAGGGUGAAUCAAAUGCUUUGUGAAUAUCUUAAUUGCUCAUUAUAUGAAUUAAUAUCAUCUUUCAAAGAGAGGAGAGAAACGGUGAGUUCUCUUGUGGGCCUCGACCGUAUUAGCUACUUACUGAUCUUUCAUGUCAUGAGACCUCCAUCUGCUUUGUAUCCAUGGAUUGAAUGACAUUUAAGUUCAGGAUUUCUCUUGUCCAAAAUGAAAGAGACGUGUAAGCCAAAAACAAGGGAAAAAAAAGGAUGCAGCAUGUUUGAUUGUUUGUUGUGAUUUUAGUCUUUUUAAUUGUUUGACGUGGUUGGUAGUAUAGGCAUGAUGGUGUAUAAAUGGGGAUUGUUAGUUUUGAAAGAAAAGAAAGUUAUGAGAAGAGGAACGAUGAUAUAAUGAAGUUUAACGUAUGAAUGUUUCCCUUGCACGAUGAUUAGAGGAAAAUAUAUAUGAGAAGAAUAGAGAAGUGAAUCCUAUAAAAAAAAGCUUUUACAAAAUUCGGGUACAACCUGGGUACCCAGAUUCUAGGUUUCAAAAAGAUGGAUUAUUCCGAGGCAGAGUCAUAACCUGAGUUAACUGGGGCUGUUAAUUGGAUUCGGGUCCAGGUAUACCCAAGUUCCUGGACUUGGAUCUGGAUGAACAAUCCUAGUCUUUUUUUUUAAUGUUUUUAAUUAAUCUAUGUGGUUAGGUGUGUUAAAAUUGAAGGCUGUGUGGAUGAACUGAUAAACAAAUAGGAGAGAGAUGUACAAGUCAAGGCUGCAAGAGCUCUGCCACAAACAAUCAUGGAGUGUACCGGUGUACACAACCACAAAGGAUGGCCCCGACCACAACCCUCACUUCAAGGCCACUGUGACCGUCAAUGGUGGAUCUUUUCACACGCAGAACCCUUGUAGAACAUCUAAAGAGGCUCAAAACGAUGCCGCUUCUGUUGCCUUCCACCACCUCACUAACCCUAAUCCUCCCCCGGCUCAGGCUUCCAUUGUCUCAUCUUUCGGUCCUUUCCCACAGCCUUCACUUCCCUCUGCACCAGGUUCUUUAAAUGAAAGUACUGAUUUGGAUGUUGUACUCACUACCGAGCUCACAUUGCAACCAAAGAUAGAAGAAAUAUGCCAAACUCCUCAAGUCAAUGGCACUGCCUUACAUGUCAAUGAUGAUAAUAGAUCUAGAGAUAUGCAACAUUUGUACAAGAACCAGCUACAAAACUAUGCUCAAAAGAGAAAUCUAAUUCUACCUGUCUACUCUUGUGAAUGUGAGGGCCCUCCUCAUGCUAGACGCUUCAAGUGUAAGGUCACAAUUGAUGGACAGACCUAUGAAAGUCCAGAGUUCUUUUCCAGUAUUAAGGAUGCUGAACAUGCAGCUGCAAAAUUUGCCUUAACAUCUUUGUUGCCAGAUGGAGUUAGAAAGGAUGAUUCUGGACUCUACAAGAACCUUCUACAAGAGUUUGUUCAGAAAGAAGGGUUGGGUUUACCUGUUUAUGAUACAAUCAAAUCCGGUGAACCUCAUGCACCAAUUUUUGUUUCGACAGUGGAGAUAGAUGGAAAGGUUUUUAAAGGACAAGAAACAAGGAACAAAAAGCAGGCAGAGAUGAGUGCGGCAAAGGUUGCUUUCACUACUAUGAAAGAAUUUAGUGCUGAAGUCGACUGUUAUCCGUCCAUUGUAUCUUCUGGACCCGAUACCGUUACAUCGAGUGACAGAGCUUCAUUGUCAUCAGACUCAUUACAUAGCUGUGCACCGGAUACAUCCUUUUCUGCCCCAUUCAUGCCUAAAACUGGCCUACCUUCACAUUCUUCUUCAUCUUCAAACUGCUCAACUGAUUUUGAUAUGGAAAGUCUCGUGAUACCAGUGGGAAUGAGGUCCUCAUCCUGUAAAACGAUAUAUGUUUUCCCACGGAUGCCAAACAUGACAACUCCUAAAGGCUGCACCGUGUUGCCCAUGAGUGAUGAUAAAUGGGUUGCUUUCUCCCCCGAGUAGCUAAGUUGGUUGGUUGACUAUCCUUUAUAGAAGUCUGUCACAUGGAUACUAUUAAUGAACCUGUCCAAUUGUGUAUUGCACAUAUAUAAAUAUGUGAAUGCUGGAUCUAUACAAGAAAGCUAUAUUUUCAGUCACAGGAUGGAUUUGAUGAUAA